AUGUUUGAGGCGACUAGCGCUACUUUGGACAAAGUCGGUCUCAUUGCGACAUGGGCAGGUAUAUUUUGUCCCUUAACAAAACAAAGUGAUGUGCUGAGUGCGCUUGUGCAAGAUGCUAUUGCUGUUCAGCACGCAUGGGAGAAUAAAAGCAAGACUUCUGGCAUUUUCAGUGCGCAAUUUGAGGCUGCAUCCGCAGUUGUUGCAUCUCUGGGUGCAUAUCUGAUUGGAGCCGCCGUGGUAGCUGCCCUGCCAGAAGAGGCUGCAAUAGCUGCUGUCGCAGCAGCUGCUGAAGGUCUUGGUGAAGCGUACGGACUCUUCUGCCAAGUUGUUUCUCGUGGAGGGGAAGCGCUGACGGCUGCUUCCCAUGCAGCAGAGUCUAUAGCACAUUCGUCUUUGUGCCCACAGACCUCUUCCAAACGCUCUACUGGGAAGCGGGUUCCAUAUGAAGUCGUUGGUUCGACCCACAGAACUCUUGUCGCCCGCAAUGUCAGCUAUAAUCCGUGCUCGGAAUUUCUCAGUUAUUUCAGAAUCGACUUCAGCCUUCCUGCGCAAUUGGAUAGUGUGUGUACAGAUGUAGAAGCAUACAGCCAGUCUGACACCUUGUCAUCUGAUCUAGCGAACGCGACAGCAGUCAUGCAGUCCUUUUGUAGCCCAUACCAGAGCAGCGGGAACAGCACGCUCGCCAUGGAAUUUGCCGACAUUCUGACAGCCUUCCAGAAUGCCAAACCAUUCUGCGACUACAGCAUUGUCCAAACUACUAACAAUUCGACGACGACCUCUUCACUCGGUACAUCUACACGCUCAUCUACGACUUCCACAUACUCCGUCGAAGACUACGUCCUCACUCGGUACAUCUAUACACUCAUCUGCUACUUUCACAGUAAAAACGUCUUCAAUUUCAACCUCAUCCACAAAGUCAUCAAGUACAUCGAAAAGGUCAUCAACUCCACUCUCGCCUACCAAGUCAUCAGCUCUACUGUUGUCCACUAA